UUUGAUAUUACCGGUGGUUGGGCCAUGUUGCACUCUGAUGGCACCAAUCAAUCUCCCAUUUUACCGCGCUGUAAGCCCGUUCUGAACCUCCUUCUGGGUCUUGGCUUGCUCUUCUACCUCGUACAGUCUGGUUACAACCAUGAUGUGUGUCUGCAUGCCCUCCAGGUGUAUAGUUUGGCAGUGAUAGCGGUAGAAAUAGUGUUCAGUUUACUGGGAGGCGGCAGCUGCCCCGCCUCAGACGUCUUCACUGGUUCUUCCUCAAAAACCAAGACUAAAAAGUCGUCUAAGGUUGUCCAUGUGUUUUUGAUUGCUGUGUGGAGCAUCUGCAGUAUUGUCACUACACACAUUGUUACUGUUUUGUAUGGUGCAUAUCUGAUAGAGAAUUUUGAGGACACCUUUACCUUCAGUGUACUAGUAGCAUCUUUAGCCUUCAUAAGACCACUCAUUGCUCUUGGACCAUCUGCUCUCAUUAUUAUCCUUGAGAGGCUAAACUGGGAGGAAGAGUGUGAAGUUCAGUGCUUUGCUAUAUUACUUGGUGCAUGGUUGGGAGCAAUACCUAUUCCUCUUGACUGGGAUACACCUUGGCAGGUUUGGCCAUUAACGUGUAGCAUUGGAGCUGUUCUUGGAGAAGUUGGAGCAUCUCUGUACGUCAUUGCAAAACAGCGGAAGGUGGGGGAUUUAAGUAGGAAAAAGAACAAGGCUACUUAGAUGCCAUAUUUUUUUUUAUUUUAUCUUAGUUGAAAGUGCUUAACAACUUUCUAGUUGUUUAUUGUGUAUCAUUACUUUUCAUUUUGUUCAAAUCUUCAGUUAGUCUUCAUUGCCUGAAGUUAACUUCAUGAAUAGUGUGAG